GCCUGCAUCUACAGCUCUGUAUAUCGACGCGCCCUAUGAAUCGGUGACCUGAAUUCUGUACUUGAAAAUAUCAACACGCGCCAUCAUCGAGGCCCAUACAGCCAACCGCAGCCAUGCCCGCCUCCUGCAAAGACAUCCGUAUGCAUCCCUCCACAACCUUGAAAGCUAUCCAGACCCAUUUCUAACAUCAAUAUUUAGGGCAAGCUCUAGCCGCAUGCCUCCAAAACUCCGACUGCAUAAUGAUCGACCGCCACGCGCCCUCCGACUGCCUGCGACCGCCACUCAACGAGACCCUACCUACCCAAUGCCAACAACUCCAAAAAGGCUACGGCCAAUGCAAGCGCGGCAUGAUCGAUAUGCGCAAACGCUUCCGAGGAAACCGACCCGUGGGACUAUCGACCGAGCUCGAGGGUGCCGGUUCCGGCGAUGCCACAGUCGGAACAAUUGAGGAGAAGGGAUACAUGCUGUAUGCGGGCAAGCCGACACAAAGGGUGCGGGUGACGAGUGGAGACGAGGGUCCAAACGUAGUGCCUGAGGGGUAUGUAGAGGUGAGGAAGAAGGAUGGGGUGGUGGAGGUUGUGAAGCGUUCGGGAGAGUUGAGGAAGGACUAGGGAUGGUUGCAGAUGGACGAUCGGAUGACGACGCAUGCUUGUACAUAUCAAGAAUGGCGGGGAAAGGCAUAUGAUGGCGUUCUUGCUAGGGCAUUUUGGUUGGCAUGCGAUGGUUUGGGAACGUCUCCAAUCAAACACUUGUUGCUAUCAUCUGUAAGAUACUGUAAAGGAAGAGAUCGAAGGCUAUUCAUGAUCACAUCUACCAUAGUACGAUCUGAUAGUACCGUGUGAAUAAGACGAGGCGCGAAUCGGGAUAAGUAAAGAAGCAAAAUAUUCCUAAACCCAAAACGUCUAAGCGAUUUACACCAGCGUACCGAAAGAGUUAGACGAAAUACGAGUUAUAUUCCGAUGAACCAAUUGAUCCAUCGAUUAGUCAAGCUAUGUGGUUAUUUCGAAGGUCAUUUAUGAAUCAUUUUGUAAAUAGCUUUCAAGUUUUGAACCCG